CUGGCUCGGAUGUUUUAUGUGAACUGAAGUAGUUAGUUAGUUUUGGAAUUUUUGCUGUAAGAUUAGCAUCCCUUUUCUCCCUUUCAAGCUUAUUUUUCCUUUUUUUGCGCACCACUAUCACUUUUGUUUAUCAUUUUGAACACCAGCGAGGCUGAACAAGCAAUAAAUGCCAAUUUCAUUUCCCAUUUUCUACAUGCGAUAGCAUAAGCAAAGAGGCGUUUCCCGAUGUCAUGGCGCGAAUUGUAAGGUGAUUUUGAUUGGACGGUGAUUUAUCAGUCAGGUACAUUUUCCAAUCAUUUUUUCUUGUUAUUUUAUUAGACACAAAUCAACCACCUUUGACUUGUCAAUCUCAUUUCCUCCAGCCAAUCACGGGCCCCCUCUACCCGCGGGCCCUGGGGCUUCAGCCCCACCUAGCCCUUAUGUUAAUCCGGCCCUGCACAGAGCAUCACAGUUUGUUGCGUAUGGGGCUGCAUAGCCGCAGACCAGUCAGGGUGGACCACGGAGCAAUGGAAGAAGGUGGCCUGAUCCGAUGAAUCACGUUUUCUUUUACAACAUGUGGAUGGUUGGGUGCGCGUGCAUUGCUUACCCAGGGAACACAUGGCACCAGGAUGCACACUGGAAAAAGGCAAGCCAGCAGAGGAAGUGUGAUGAUUUGGGCAAUGUUCUGCUGGGAAACCUUGGUUCCUGCCAUCCAUGCGGAUGUUACUUUGACACGUACCACCUACCUAAGCAUUGUACACCCUUUCAUGAAAACGGCUAUUCUUUGAUGAAUGUUUUAUCCAUAUCUAUUUUGUCUUUAUCAGGCAAAACAUUGAUGUUUUUAGUUUACAUGCACUUUUAGUGAAAGUACACAAAAACAUACAAUUGUAAAUCAGUUGUAUUACAAGUAAAACAGUAGAAAUUACUACUGAGACCUACAUUUGUCGCCCUUGUCCGCCUGUCUUUAAAAUAAGUAGUGUUUUGCUGCCAUCUUGUGGAUGAGUAACACAUUGCCACCUUAAACGCAGAUGCCAAUGGCUGCUAAUAUGUUGUAUACUUGCUAUUGCGAACGAUUUUUCUUACAAUAAACAUUCUAUUAAAUUGAGGAUUUAUAAAAUGAAUAAUAUAAAUAAUAAAAACUAGGCCAGAAUGGGUAAAAUGGUUGAAAAUGUAGCUUCAAUUUGUCAGAAUUUGUUUUCUAGUAAUUUAUAAAGAUAUGUAUUCCUGUAAAUUAAGUAAAAAUCAUUUUUCAUAUAAUAACUUUUAUAUAAUUUAUGUAAUUUAAUAACAAGUUUAAAUGUUUGAACUUCAUGAAUGAGAUUAUGUACUUAUCUUCUUGUCAUGCUGUAGAAAGAAUUUACAUGAUGUUAUUUCUUGUGUACAUUUGAAUUUUAAGGAAUGUUCCUUAAGAAAUUAAUAUUGUUUCAUUAGUUUGGGUAGCUGGAAACUUCAUGUGUUUUAAAGUUUGAAUUUUGUUUUCUUCAUUCCUAAAGAGUUAUAAGUAGUUAUCAGUCUCUGUAUAUCAGCAGGUGUUUGGGUUUGAUGCUGUAAAUAUCCUGGGCUGCUUCCUCUCUUCAAUUUUUUUGAAGUCUCCUGUAUGAUGUGUGACUAUUUUUGCCUCUCGCAGGUGUGUGUGUGUGUGUGUGUGUGUGUGAGUGUGUGUGUGUGUGUGUGUGUGUGUGCAUCCAUACUGAAGUGUCUCAAUAUAGAGGAGGAGUUAUUUUCAGAGCUGACGUUCUUUCAAUAUAUAUGGUGAAAAUCAGAAAAGCCUCCCCUGAUUUGUCACUGAUUGUGUUUGAUGAUUUCCUCUGUUGUGUCUAAUAAGGUAACAGUGAGUGUCAUUGGCAGCUGUGAGAGUCUCUCUCUCUUUAGGGGGCUGACAGGAGCCAGUUUCUUCAGUGUGUUUGAGGGAGAAGAAGGAGGAACUUGUGCUGCGUUCUGAGCCGAUGAAAUGGAGCUGAAGGAGCUGAUGGGGAGAUGCUUGAUGCUGAUGUUUCUGCUAAAACUCAUCACUGCUGACAGUAAGAAUGUGAGGUUGGUUGGUGGUCACAGUCGCUGUGCUGGUAGAGUGGAGGUUCUUCAUAGAGGUCAGUGGGGAACAGUGUGUGGUCUUUUCUGGGAUAUGACUGAUGCUGCAGUGGUGUGUAGAGAGCUGGACUGUGGAGAACCUGUAGAUGCUCUGGGUGAUGCUCGUUUUGGACCAGGAUCAGGACAAGUCUGGAUGAGUCUUGUCAUGUGUACUGGAUCAGAGUCUACACUGAAGAACUGUGGGUCAGCAGGAUGGGGCAAACGCACCUGUAAUCAUAGUAAAGAUGCUGGCGUCAUCUGCUCAGAAGUCAGGCUGGUUGGAGGUUCUCGCUGCUCUGGGAGGUUAGAGAUACUUGAUAAUCAGAUGUGGGUUUCAGUGUGUGCUGCUGCCUUUGACCAGCAGGAUGCAGAGGUUGUGUGUAGAGAGCUGGACUGUGGGGCUCCUGUACAGGUGCUGGGAGAAGAUGCUUUUGGAAAAGGAGACGCUCAGAUGUGGACACAAGAGAUUCAGUGCAGAGGAGAUGAGUCUCAGAUUCACUUCUGUCCAACAUCGCCACCAGUCAAAAGCAACUGUUCACAUGAGCACAGCAUUGGUUUGCUAUGUACUGACAUAAUAAAUAUAAGACUGCAAAAUGGUACAAGUCGCUGUGCUGGUAGAGUGGAGGUUCUUCAUAGAGGUCAGUGGGGAACAGUGUGUGGUGAUGGCUGGGAUUUGGCUGAUGCUGCAGUGGUGUGUAGAGAGCUGGACUGUGGAGAACCUGUAGAUGCUCUGUAUGUUGAUAAUCUUGAACCAGGAUCAGGACCAGUCUCGUUGAAAAAUGCGAUGUGUACUGGAUCUGAGUCCACACUUAAGAAAUGUGGAUUCAUUCAAUCAAGUGUGUGUCUUAAUAAGAGUGCUCAAGUCAUUUGUUCAGGUAAGCUAAAAAUCCUGUCUUAUACAAAACAAUUUCACCAAACAUAGUCAUGAUUUUAUUUUACAUAACCAUUCUACACACCAGUCCAUUGACCACACAAUCUGUCAGGCUGUAUUUAUCAGUAACCUUGUUAAAAAUAAAUGGUAUCUCUUUAGAUUUACUACACAGGAACA